GCUGUCGCGGCCUCGGCGCUUGGCCAGGCCAGGCCAGCCUGGCCUGGCUGCGAUGGCUGACGUGAAUAACUAGACCUGAGCGUUGACAACGUCGCUCGCGCAAGCCUGGUUCGCACAUUCUUCCCUCCUCUACCAUUCCCCCCAACCCGAGACAGCCUUUGUGCAUCGUCCCAAGGCAUCCAUACAUCCAUUCACAUCACAUCGCGCACCACCUCGCAACCCUUCAAUGUCGCAAUACGACGCUCACAGUAUCGGUCGCGCAAGCAGCGUGAGCCGCAAGAGCAGCAUCGCUAGCCGCAAUGCCAGCUUGAUCAAGAAGAACACGGGCCCCACCGAGCUGCGCCCAUCCGACAUUCUCAUCGAGCGUUUCAAUGGUUGGAAGCACAUUACCAAGCAGCUCAUCAGCUACUUUGAGGGCAUCGCAGACAUUGAGUACAACACCGCCAAGGAGCUCACCAAGCUGGGCGGCGUGAUCCAAGUGCCUUUCAGAGAGGGAAGCCAAUUCUUGGGCGAGGACGGCAUUCAAGACGUUUACUACAGCAUCCGCGACAAGACCCGCGUCAUUGCCGAUCACCAUGCCAAUUUGGCAAAGACUGUCGAGGGAAGCAUCGUUCAGCACCUGCAAAAGCUCAGGUCCGAGAUCAAGGCUCACGUCAAGAAUGUCCAGCAAGAUACUGGCAAGCUGGCCAACAGCGUUGCCAAGGAGCGCGAAAUGAGCACAAAGAUGAUUAGCGAUCUGGCUAGAAGCAUCACCCUGCUCAAAAACACGCCCAUGAGCGUCACGGCAAAGGAGGAUCCUUACAGCGCCAAUAACAACGUCUUUCGUCAGCUCCAAAAGCAAGUCGCAGAGGAGAAUGCUCUGCAAAAGAGCAUCAUCAUCAUGCAACAGAACAGCGCUCACUUCGAGGAGGGCAUCGUCCGCUCCAUCCAGAGCGCGUGGCAGACCUUUGACGAAUGGAGCGGCCGCAUGUCCGCGCAGGUGCAAGACACUUGGCUCGGAUUGGGCGUUCAGAUGAGAGGUCUGCAACCCAAUGCCGAGUGGAUCGCCUUUGCUGCUCGAUCCGACCACCUGCUCGACCCAGACACGCCUUUGAGAAACCCAGAGACGAUCGACUAUCCCGGCAAGGAGGACCCAUCGGUCAUUCCUGUUCACCAAGGCAUUCUCGAGCGCAAGAAGCGAUUCACCAAGUCUUACAAGGAGUCCUUCUACGUCCUCACUCCUGCCGGCUACCUGCACGAGCACGGCAGCUCCGACGCGACCACCCACCCAAACCCUGAACUCAGCUUGUUCCUGCCGAACUGCACUCUUGGCCCAAUUCGCGGCACAAAGUUCCACAUUGAAGCCGCUGCAAAGACCAUGCCUGGUCUGUCCAAGCUUCCCCUCUCGCGCGAGCAUUCGUACACCUUCCGCGCUCGUUCGGAGGAUGAGACGCACGAGUGGUGGAACGACAUCAAGCAGCUGUCCAAGGUCUACCUCACCUCUUCCGCGGUCAUGGACCGCACCGGCCCCGUUCCAGCAGCCGUGCGCGCUGCAGGCUACCGCUCCGAGCCCGAGGAGGAGGAGGAGGAUGACGAGGAGGGAAGCAGUGUGGAGGAGGACGAAGACGAGUACGAGGAGGCUCAAGAUCAAGCCGCCGCCAAUGCUCAGCACAACGCUGCCCCCGCUGCCACCUCCAGCGGUGCGCCUGCUGCUACUGCCACAAGUGGAGGCGCUGCUGAAGAGACACCUGCUUAUUCUGGCGCUGGAGCAGAAAAGGCCGGUGUAGAGAUUGGCCCCAACGGCUAUGCCGUCGAGAAGAAGGGCGAGCCUGCUGCGACUGCUGGACCAAGUGCGGCCUAAGUCUUUGCAUAUCGCUGAUCGGUGCGCGCGGUCAGCGCCCGCUCGCAGGUGACACCCGCUUGUCACCACGUGGAAUCCUCCGCCAGCGCGGCCAAGUUUCACCUUCAUCAUGUCCAUAAUUGUGUCUCUAGUUCACGACUCAAGACUGUGUCCACUUUCUCUGUGCUCUUGACACCUUCCUUGCGGCGGAUAAUGAAUUUGCAUUUUGCUCUCAA